AUGCAUUUGCCUCAAAACUGGCAUUUGGUCAGUGUGUUUUCUUUGGCGGUUUCCGCUACUACUGCCGGGUUCAAGGCCAAAGACAUAAUUAUCCGCGAUGUGGCUGUCCUCGGAGGUGGUGCCACAGGUACAUACGCCGCGGUGCAAUUGAGAGAGCAGGGAUACAGUGUGGCACUUGUGGAGAAGAAGGAACGCCUCGGUGGUCAUGCAGAGACACUUUACCUUCCCAAUGACAAGUAUGUCAACUAUGGAGUAGAGGGAUACUUCAACAACGAGAUCACCACAAAUUUUUUCAGGCAGCUCAAUGUCGACUAUGAACCACUUCUUCCAGGCUCAAUUAUCUCGGAAAAUGUCAACUUCAACACAGGUGAAAGAGUUUUUCCCGGCAGCGAGGUCUUGGGUACUGUGGCUGGUGCUGUCUUGUACCGUGCUUCGAUUGAGCAGUUCGACUACCUCGCCUCUGGGGCCUACUACCUCCCCGAUGAGGUCCCAGAAGUUCUCCUUCGUCCUUUUCGUGAGUUUGUCGAGGCGCACGCCUUGCAGGGAGCGUUGGAUGUGAUUUUCAUGUUCGCCGAAAAUGUGGGCAAUAUUCUGGAUGCCCCGUUGCUUUACAUAAUUCAAAACUUUGGCAUUACCCACAUCAAUGCAUUGCUAGAGGGAGGGUACAUCCGGCCAAAGAACGGCACGUACGAGCUGUUCGGCAAAGCCGCGAAAUUCAUCGACGACGAGAAUAUCUUCUAUGAAACCAUUGUGACCCAGGCCAAGCGCAACUCGACCGGCGUGGAGUUGGUCGUCGAGAGCGCGGACGGGAGUCGCAAACUCAUCAAAGCAAAGAAGCUUCUGAUUACAUUCCCUCCCACUCUGUCCGCUCUUGAUGGCUUUGACCUUCGCAAGGAGGAGACUUCCUUGUUUUCCAAAUGGGACCAUAAGAACUACUACGCUGCAGCCAUAACCAAUACGGGUUUGCCCGAUGGAAUCAACGUUGCAAACACCAAUCCUAAGAACCAGCCUGGUAGCCUUCCCCUGCCUCCAUUCCAGUGGGAGCUCGAGUACUCUGGUGUGCCAGGAUAUUUCAUGACGAAAAUUGUGGCCGAGUCAAAUUUCACCGCCGAAGAUGCCAAGGAGUUGAUCAAAUCUGACCUUGAGCGCAUGGGUAAGACCGGUGUGUUCUCCACCAAAGAGCCCGAAAUCGCGGCUUUCGCCUCCCACUCGCCUGAAACCCUCAUUGUAUCCACGGAUGAUUUGAGAGAUGGAUUUUAUCGGAAGCUGUAUGCUUUGCAGGGUCAGCAGAGUACGUACUACACAGGAUAUACUUUCUGCACAGACUACUCGACUCCGCUGUGGAACUAUACUAGCAGUGUGUUGGACAUGAUGAAUCUGUAG